AUGUAUUUGAAAUAUUCUUAUGUGAUCUUCAUCUCUAUAUUUUAUCUAUCUCAUAUUAUUCAAGCAAGUCAUUAUCGUGGUUCCAUGAUAUCUUGGCGAAUAGUUAAUGAAACAUCUUCGUCUGUUUCUGUUGAAAUUCUUCAACGGUAUGCAUGGCGAUACGAUUACUCUCCUCCAUAUUGUACAGAUGCAACUAUUCCAAACGGACAGCCUCUUUUAGCUACAGGUAAUUAUAUUUGUGUUAGUACUUGUCCACCAGGUUUAUCAACAUUUGGAAGUGUUCAAGUUCCUUGCACAGGUUACAAUAUUGCCGAACAAUAUGCAAUGGGUGAAGGACGUUUUAGAAUUUCAGUGCCACACAAUUCUAGUUUUAUAGCAGCAUUUUCUGGUUCGUAUUGGUUCGAUCUUGUCACAGGAAUUAAUUUAGGAUGGAGUGUUGCUGUUCAAAUUCAGACUUUUAAACGGGUCGAUACUGGACGAUACAAUAAUGCACCUGUUAUUACUAUGUUACCAAUCUAUCGAUUGAGAAAUAAAAUUAGUUAUUCAAUUAAAAUCAAUGUAGCUGAUAAUGAUUUUGAUCCAUACAUUUGCUUAUGGUCUAAAGGUACCAAUCAAUGUGGUGGAUUGAGUAAUAGUGUACCAGGUGGUAUUAUUGAUAACUAUGGAUGUUAUUUGAAUUUUACACCACAAACGAUUGGUUACUAUGCAGCAGCUUUAACAGUAGAAGAUUUCAUAUUACUACCAAUUAAUAUAUCAUCCACUGCUUAUCUCUCACAAGUACCUAUUCAAUUCGUAUUUCAUGUUUACAAUUCGACAAAUCCUUGUGUUACUGGACCUAUUUAUAUAGGUGAUCUUGUGUCUGAUAUGUGUAUAUAUAUGCCAGUAGGUAGUACUUAUACUACACGUGUUCGUUUCAAAGUUCAAUGUACAAAUGCUACUGUUGAUAGUGUUAUUAGCGUUAAUCCAACUGGCCUAUUAACCACAGCUCUUCAAAAAGAUCCAUUUGAUUCUACUCUUUAUGUAUUUUUAGCUAAUUUUACAUCCAAUGCUAAUCAAAUAGGACAAAAUCUCUAUUGUUUUGCUGGUGUUGAUUCUAUCGGUAAUCAAGGAGAUUCAGUCUGUCUUCGUUUUACUGUCUUAGCACAAACAUCCAGUCUUCAACCUUUAUACACAUCGAAUGCAACUCAUUAUCCAAUAGGAACAGUUUCAAAGACAACAUCAGUAUGGACUAUUCUUACUGGAUCAACAGUUUAUCAACGACCAACAACUGAAACAUAUAUUCGAUUCAAACGAGCAUCCGAUAAUACUGAUUAUUAUAAAUUAAAUGUUGCCACUGCAACUAGUAAUGUUCUUUAUUUAACGAAUAGUAUAGUAAUAAAUACAACGGCUAUGUGGACUCCAGGUGGAUAUUUUUAUAUUUAUUUUGAUUCUGGUAUAUUAGACGAACAAGGAACUAGUUCGUGUUCGAAAGAAGCAAUGUCUAUAAAUGAUCCAAGCUUUUGGCCAUUUAAUAUACCAUAUGAAUCGACAACAACUAGUACAACGACAACAUCAACAACAUCUGUAUCAUCAACAACAACAAGGCGAACAACACCCACACGACAAACAUUAAAAACUUCACGUUCAACUACUUCAGUAAUUAUCUCUACUACUACGAUAGUAACAACAACAGUCACAGUAACGGAUUCAGCUACAAUUGCUCAACAAUCAAAACAGUUGUCUAUAAGUAGUAUUGUUCUUAUUACUCUAGCAAGUCUCUGUGUCUGUGCUUGCCUCAUAUGGAGUAGUUUUUCAAUUAUUCGUAUUUAUCUGGUUCGCUCUUUUCUUCUCGAUUCGGUUCUUCGUCAACAGUUUCUCAGUAUGCAUUCAAGAUCAGUACCUGACGAGCAAAUAUCAUCAAAACCUCAACAUAAAUUAACAAUACGUCAUUUUCCACAACAUACUUCAUGGAAACAUUCAAAUUUUAAAAACGAAACAUUGGCUCAACAGAACUUGAUUGAAAUACAGACAUCAUUCUAG